UAUCUCUCUCUCUCUCUCUCUCUCUCUCUCUCAAUCUCUCUUCCCCACUAGGAGCGUCCUCUCUCUCUCUGGAACGCAGAGAUUUAGAAGCCCACACUCAUAAACGGAAAACUAGGAAAAUCAGAUAUGGCCACGACUAUCGGGAUGAUGGAUUCGGCAUAUUUCGUCGGUAGAUCGGAGAUCCUCUCGUGGAUCAACACCACUCUCCAACUCAAUCUCUCCAAAGUCGAAGAGGCCUGCUCCGGUGCGGUUCACUGCCAGCUAAUGGACUCUGUUCAUCCAGGGAUCGUGCCUAUGCACAAGGUCAAUUUCGAUGCCAAGAACGAGUACGAAAUGAUCCAGAAUUACAAGGUCCUUCAAGAUGUCUUCAACAAACUCAAGAUCACUAAGCACAUGGAAGUGAAUAAGCUUAUAAAAGGAAGACCGCUUGAUAAUUUGGAGUUCAUGCAGUGGAUGAAGCAUUAUUGCGAUUCUGUUAAUGGAGGCGCUCUCAAUUACAAUCCAUUGGAAAGAAGAGAGGCAUGCAAGGGAGGAAAAGAAGCAAGCAAGAAAUGUGUGGCAUCUCAACCUUCAGCCAAGACUUCAACUGCUGCCCCUAAAGCACAGUCCUCCCACAAUGCUCGAAGGAAUGAUGUGUCCUCUGUGAACUCUACAAAUCAAUCUGUGAAGGCCUCAAAACCACCUCCUAAUCCAGUGCCUGCAUAUGAUGAACAGAUCACAGAAUUGAAGCUGUCAGUGGACAGUCUUGAGAAGGAGAGGGACUUCUACUUUGCGAAGCUGAGAGAUAUCGAGAUUCUUUGCCAGAGUCCUGAGAUUGAAAACUCAACUGUUGUUGCAGCAAUAAAAAGAAUCUUGUACGCUGUAGAUGAUGAUCCAUCUGUUGUUGCAGAAGCUCAAGCCAUGGUAUCCCUUCAGCAGAAAGAAGCAUUAAGUCCCAUUUUUGAGGCUUCAUCAGAGGAAAAGAUGAAUUCAGAUUCUCAGAAGCGAAAAAAUAUUGUGAACUUUGAUGUUGAUUCUACGGGCAUCACAGCAUUGUCGCCAAGGCAAAGGCUUUCAGAAUCAACUGAUGUCCAUUGCAGUGGGUCACCUCUUAUGACUUACUGAUAAUGUCCAAUCUGAAGAUGUAGUUCUAAUUACAUCUGCUUUACAAACGUUUGUUCAGAUACCUGCAUUCUCUUCUCAUAUUGCAUAGGUAGCAAGUGAUGGACGGUUUAUACUUGGCCCUAGCAUAGUUUGCAAAGCUCUUUCCGGCAAUGUUGUCUACUUAGAAGAAAUAACAUUGAUAUUUUGCCCUUCUGCUUGACAAUAUUCUUCAAAUGUUGUCUAUAUUAUUCGCAUAUAAUGAAAACCUUGAUUCCUUGAA